AUGGAGACUGAUAAAUCUAAUACCAAAGUCAGUGCUAUCAAGGAUGAGUUUCUAGAGCCCAGAGAGGAUACUGUAUUAAAGCUCGUCUUAGGAAGAUGGGAGCAGGAGGAAACCCCACAGAGCGCAGAUCUUCAGCGCCCCAGAGAGGAGGAAAGCGCCAGGGACUCCGCAGCGGGUGGGGGAAGAGUCCAGCCUGGCCCCUUGCCCAUCGCAAGAAAAGCCAAGACCUGGGAGGUGCUGGAGUGGCAGGGCCUGGAGGAUGAGAAGGUGGCAGGUGUGCACCGGGACUAUGAGGAAACCAAGAUUUUUUUGGGAAUUCUCAGUGAGUCCUGGAUCCGUGAGAAAUUGCGCACCUGCCACCGGAACCGCCAGGUGUACCGGCUGGUGGCCAAGCGGCUACGCGAGCGCGGCUUCCCGCGGACCCUGGAACAGUGUCGCUACCGCUUCAAAAACCUCCAGACCCACUACCGCAAAGCCAGGAGCAGCCGGGCGCCGGGCACCUGCCCCUUCUACCAGGAGAUGGACGCCCUGAUGAGCCCCUGGACCCUUGCCGGCACCUUUGACGCCUUAGAGGAUUUCCGGUUCCCCAGCCAGAUGGGGUCUCGAGGCUGGAGAGAAGUGAAGAGCUUUGGAAUGACGAUCUCUGGGACUUUUGGGAAACUUCCUGUUCAGAGAAUCCCCACCGGGGAGAAGCCCUACAAAUGCCCUGAAUAUGGGAAGGGCUUCAGUGAUCCUUCUAACCUCACAUCACAUCAGAGAGUCCACGCUGGAGAGAAGCCCUAUAAAUGUGGGGAGUGCUGGAAAAGCUUCAGCCAGAGCUCCAGCCUUACUAUGCACCAGAGAGUCCACACAGGGGAGAAACCCCAUAAGUGCAGCGAGUGUGGGAAGAGGUUCACCAAUAGCUUGUGCUUCAGUGCACACCGGCAAACACGUGCAGGCGAAAAACCCUACCAGUGCCCCGAGUGCAGGAAAAGGUUCAGCAAGAGUUCCACGCUCACCAGUCAUCAGAGGAUCCACACAGGAGAGAAACCCUAUGCAUGUCUCGAGUGCGGGAAAAGUUUCAGCGACCACUCAAACCUCAUUACCCACCGGCGAAUUCACAGUGGAGAGAGACCCUAUGAAUGCGGGGAGUGUGGGAAAAGCUUCAGUCAGAGCUCCAGUCUCAUCAUCCACCAGAGAAUCCACACCGGAGAGAAACCCUAUGAGUGUGCUGAAUGUGGGAGGCGAUUCAACAACAGCUCACAUUUUAGUGCGCAUUGGAGGACCCAUGUGACAGAGGCUCGAAGUGUAGUAGGAAUGUCUUUAAAGCACCAAGUCUAA